CCGGCUUGUAAAAUAAUUUACAUGAGAGACAGACUUGGAAAGUUGAUCUGAGUGGGCGCCGGAUCACUGCAACCCCCAGGGCGGAGUAAUUUCAGCAGCAGAGAGAGAGAGAGAGAGAGAAGGGGCACAAAAAACUUCCUACUUUAAAGGAAAAGUAAUUAUUUUUCUUCUUGGCUGUGGUUGCAUAAAACCCGAAACGGGAGAGGGAGAAGGGCAGAAUCGAGUGCAUCAUCAAGUGCAAAGCAAAAAAAAAGGCAGAGGCACUCAAUUGAAGGAGCGGAGGGUUAUUGAGAUCUCGCCCCCUCGGCAGGAGGGGUUGUGCGGCUGGCUCUGCAGUCAAGUUGAGGAUCGCUGGGAAAAAAAAAAGUUUGGAGGAACUUUUCGGAAAAGUUUUGGGAUCGCGGUCGGUCGGUGUUUAUAGUUGUGUUCCUUUUUCUUUUGCUUUUGCUUUAUUUUAAAAGAGAAAAAAAAAAGACGGAUUAAGCCAGCCGGUGCUGGAAAAUGUCUUCGAUCUUGCCUUUCACUCCCCCGAUUGUCAAACGCCUCCUGGGCUGGAAGAAGGGAGAACAAAACGGCCAGGAGGAGAAAUGGUGCGAGAAAGCGGUGAAGAGUUUGGUGAAAAAGCUGAAAAAGACCGGCCAGUUGGACGAGUUGGAAAAAGCAAUUACCACACAGAGUAUUAACACCAAGUGCAUAACCAUCCCCAGGUCUCUUGAUGGAAGGCUCCAAGUUUCCCAUCGGAAAGGUCUGCCCCACGUCAUCUACUGUCGCCUAUGGCGUUGGCCAGAUCUUCACAGUCACCAUGAGCUUCGAGCCAUGGAAAUGUGUGAAUUUGCCUUUCACAUGAAGAAAGAUGAGGUCUGCGUGAAUCCUUACCAUUACCAAAGAGUGGAGACACCAGUUUUACCUCCUGUUCUUGUGCCAAGACACACAGAGGUGCCCUCUGAAUUCCCACUCCUGGAUGACUAUACACAUUCCAUCCCAGAGAACACAAACUUCCCAGCAGGCAUCGAACCACAGAGCAACUAUAUACCAGAGACACCACCGCCAGGUUACAUCAGUGAGGAUGGAGAAACCAGUGACCAUCAGAUGAACCAUAGCAUGGACACAGGUUCUACAGCUGAUUUGUCUCCAAAUCCCUUGUCGCCCACCCACAGUAACUUGGACCUGCAGCCGGUCACCUACUGUGAGCCGGCUUUCUGGUGCUCCAUCGCUUACUAUGAACUGAACCAGCGAGUGGGAGAGACUUUUCAUGCUUCACAGCCCUCUCUCACAGUGGACGGCUUUACUGAUCCAUCCAACUCUGAACGCUUCUGCUUGGGGCUGCUGUCAAAUGUGAACAGGAAUGCAGCAGUGGAGUUGACAAGAAGGCACAUUGGCAGGGGCGUAAGGCUAUACUACAUUGGGGGAGAGGUCUUUGCUGAAUGCCUGAGCGACAGUGCCAUCUUUGUUCAGAGUCCGAACUGCAACCAGCGCUACGGGUGGCACCCUGCAACAGUUUGCAAGAUCCCGCCAGGAUGCAACCUCAAGAUCUUUAAUAACCAGGAAUUUGCAGCCUUGCUGGCUCAGUCAGUGAACCAGGGCUUUGAAGCAGUGUACCAGCUGACCAGGAUGUGCACAAUCCGAAUGAGCUUUGUGAAAGGCUGGGGAGCAGAGUACAGGCGCCAGACAGUGACCAGUACCCCUUGCUGGAUCGAGCUUCACCUGAACGGACCUCUGCAGUGGCUGGACAAAGUCCUCACCCAGAUGGGAUCUCCAGCUAUUCGGUGUUCAAGCAUGUCGUAAAAGAUUGGUGUUAUCUCAGGGAAGACACCUGCCAAAUUUUACUGGCCUAGCUGUAGCUGUUAAUUUAUAGAAAGCUAAAUCAACAACUGGCUUCUUCUGCAGUGAUACCAGGUUCCAUCAUUGCCACUUCCCCAUGAUAACUGUAAGCACUUUCUGUGGCAAUGCUGUUUGGAAAUAUUUACAAGGGAAAUCGAAAAAUGACAACAAAGCAAAACAUCAAUUUUCAAUUCUUUUUAUAACUGCAGAAAAACUAUUUGUUUUACCCUGCUACCAGAUGGCAAAUUUGUCAGUGGUGGUUUUGUGCCAACUAUAAGUCUGGCCAUUUUGUAUUAUUUGACUUCUUAAUGUCCUGUCUCUAUGACUGGACUGAAUAGUACAGUUGCCUAGAGACAAAUUGAUCUCGCUCUUUCUGGUUUUUAUUCUUUAACAUCCUCAUGGAACUUUUGAUGGUUACGCCUGGGAAGAAGGCCGGUUCCUGCCUGCAAUUGCCAUGGUAACUUGAGCCAUUUGUUACACUCAGAGAAACUAUUGCAACCGUUCUAUUCAGAUCAGCCCAUUCUCGCAAAACUCGGUGGUUUGGAAUCUACGAUGGUUCUGCGGGCCCCACCGCUGUAUAGCACCAACUGUUGGGGACUGGAGAAUGGAGCUGCCCUUCCCAGGGCAUAUUCUCAUCAUCAAUAUACUGGAAGCUUGUGAUUUCUUCUGUCAGUUCCCUUUUUUCCUGCUACUUUUCUAUUUGACGUACAAAAGUUUGAUCUGUACACUAAUCACCCAGUUUUACAAUACUUCUCCUUUCUAGUCAAUUGAAACAGAUUCUGAGCACUUGGUUAUAGUAGCUGGCAGCUGUUAUUUCUGAACCAUCUGAUUUAUGCUGAUAACUUUUUCAGUGAAUUCAUCGAAUCCUUGGGAUGCUUUUUUAGUUAAAGGCACUAUAUAAAUGCAGGUUGUAGAGGUGUGUAGAGCAGCAAUGUUUAUUGGUUAUGCUUGACUAAUUGACCACAUCCACCCCCCACCGCCCCCCCCCCCAAACUUGACACCAGCUUCAGUGCAGUCUGCAGCACUUACAUAACAUUUUAUGCAAGUAAAAACAUGGCACUGAGAGGCUGUAUGAUAGUUGUGCUCAAAAGGCUCGUAGAUCAGGAAGAUCCAAGGUUAGUACGGUUUUGACUGAUCUCGAGUGGUGGUUAUAGCACAAUAGUUGACUUUACUGCCCCUGGGAUGUUGGGUGAGGGACAAGUCAUCCAGGGUUCUUGCUGCUGAGUUUCAGUGCUUGUGAAGGUAGGGCAGGGCAGCACUGUAAGGAGGUAAGGAUAGAGUGGGCUCCGAUGGUGAGGCUGCACUCUGACACCCUCAACAUGUAUUCGCUAGGCUCCCACAAUUUGAGCAAGUAGAAAACAGCUGGAAUCUGUGGAACUGUUUCCUCGCACCAGUCUGUGUGUGGGGAAGGGGCAAGAAAUUAGGGGAAGAGAAAUGCGGCAUUUUUUUUAACCAGGUGUCCUCACUUGAUGGCCUUUGCAGUGAUCAUUUUUAUUUUUAUUUCAAGUUUUUUUCUGAAGGGGUCCAAUUCAAUUAUAAUAAAGACUGUGUUUCCAUUGCUGGGCAGAGUGAGACUUUGGCUGAACUGAAACAACUGGCACAUUCAAUUAAACAUAUAUUUAAAAUAGUAAAGCAUUGCUUUCGGUUUAUACCGAGUUCACAGGUAUUGUUAUCCAUGCUUUGAUGCUUUUGUUAAUAUUGGAAGCCAGUUUGGUGGAGGUAAUAAUUCCUGUUCCUGGAUUGAAAAUUGGGGGUUAAUCAUGCAUAUUUCUACAUUUACACACAGAGUAUUGUAAUAAACUGUCUUCAUUCCCCUGGAGUGGGGUAUAGAAACUUUACCUUCACUUUUAUAUUAGCAUAACAUGGGACAGUGCCUGGGAAUAGAAAUAGUAAGACAAUGUUAGACUGUUCCUUGCCCCUACCCCCGUUUUCUUCCACAGACCUCCUGUAUCUUACCCAGAUGUUAAUUCUUCUUGCCUGAGAUAAUAUGAGGGAUCUAUUUUCCCAUCACAACUAUGUCCUAUGUGUAUGUGUGGAAGGAUCAUUAGAUGCCAGUCCAGAGGGGAAAUGCUAACUGAUAUUUGCCCUAUUUUAGCUCUGGGGAAUCAGUGCCCCAGAACCAUCUGUCCCAGCUGAGAUCAAUUAACAGCACAGGUUGUGGAUUAACCUGCAUGGGUGUCUUUAUUUACUAGACCAUCAGGAGUAAACCUGUUCGUGCAAAACUAUUUACAUCUAAUAUGUGGGUGAAACAAUUGAAACUGUAGGGCAAUUUAUUGUAAUAGUUUGCUGUUUUACGCUGAACUCUUUGUUAUUUCCCCCAUUCCAGUCAUUCCCUUUGGAAUUCUUUUUCAACUACUUUCCUUUAAAAGUUCCCUAACUUCCUUUGGUGUUCACUUCUUCCCCUUUUGUAAAGUGCUCAGAGAUGUUUUAAUGC